AUGCACUGUCCCAAGUCCCACCUAACAUGCACUGUUCCAAGUUCCACUCAACGACCACUGCCCCAUGUCCCACCCAACACCCACUGUCCCAAGUCCCACCCAAUGCCCACUGUCCCAAGUCCCACCCAACACCAACUGUCCCAUGUCCCACCCAACGCCCACUGUCCCAAGUCCCACCCAACGUGCACUGUCCCAAGUCCCACCCAACGCCUACUGCCCCAAGUCCCUCUCAACGUCCACUGCCCCAAGUCCCACCCAACGCCCACUGUCCCAAGUCCCACUCAAUGCCCACUGUUCCAAGUCCCACCCAACGCCCACUGUCCCAAGUCACACCCAACGCCCACUGUCCCAAGUCCCACUCAACGCCCACUGUUCCAAGUCCCACCCAACGCCCACUGUUCCAAGUCCCACCCAACGCCCACUGUCCCAAGUCCCACCCAAUGCCCACUGUCCCAAGUCCCACCCAAUGCCCACUGUCCCAAGUUCCACUCAACGCCCACUGUUCCAAGUCCCACCCAACGCCCACUGUUCCAAGUCCCACCCAACGCCCACUGUCCCAAGUCCCACCCAAUGCCCACUGUCCCAAGUCCCACUCAACGCCCACUGUCCCAAGUCCCACCCAACGCCUACUAUCCCAAGUUCCACUCAACGACCACUGCCCCAUGUCCCACCAAACACCCACUGUCCCAAGUCCCACCCAAUGCCCACUGUCCCAAGUCCCACCCAACACCAACUGUCCCAAGUCCCACCCAACGCGCACUGUCCCAAGUCCCACCCAACGUGCACUGUCCCAAGUCCCACCCAACGCCUACUGUCCCAAGUCCCACUCAACGUCCACUGCCCCAAGUCCCACCCAACGCCCACUGUCCCAAGUCCCACUCAACGCCCACUGUUCCAAGUCCCACCCAACGCCCACUGUCCCAAGUCCCACCCAGUGCCCACUGUCCCAAGUCCCACUCAACGCCCACUGUCCCAAGUCCCACCCAACGCCUACUAUCCCAAGUCCCACUCAACGACCACUGCCCCAUGUCCCACCCAACACCCACUGUCCCAAGUCCCACCCAAUGCCCACUGUCCCAAGUCCCACCCAACACCAACUGUCCCAAGUCCCACCCAACGCCCACUGUCCCAAGUCCCACUCAAAGCACAGGAGACUUUGGGAGAGAUUAA